GCCUCCGGAGUCACGCUGGCACGUUGUGACUGAACCACACAAUGACGUGAGGUUCGCUCCGUUCUGGAAAUGCCCAAACAGCUAACGGCAGAGGUAAAUGCAAUCCAACAUCAGCACCCGCACAGCCUGGGACAGACCUGAGACUCGGAGCCCUCAGUCUCAGUGGCAAGUUUCCCACGGUGGCAGAGGGUAAAGGUGGCAGAUUAAAAAAAAAAAAAAAAAAAAAUGACAGCAAGACUUCUGAGAACAGCCCUUGCUUUACUCUUCUUUGGCCUGUUUGGGGUUCUGGAAGCAACAACAAUAUCAUGCAGGAAUGAGGAAGGCGAAGCUGUGGAUUGGUUUACCUUUUAUAAGUUACCUAAAAGGCAAGACAAGGAAAGCAGACAGACUGGGUUAGAGUACCUAUACCUAGACUCCACCACCAGAAGCUGGAAGAGGAGUAAGCAGCUCAUGAAUACCACCAAGAGUGUGUUGGGAAGGACGUUACAACAGCUAUACGAAGCCUAUGCCUCCAAGAAUAACAACACAGCCUAUCUACUCUACAAUGAUGGGGUCCCUACCUCUGUGAAUUACAGCCGAAAGUAUGGACACACUAAAGGCUUACUGCUGUGGAACAGAGUCCAGGGAAUCUGGCUGAUUCAUUCUAUUCCCCGGUUUCCUCCAACUCCUGAAGAAGGCUAUGAUUAUCCACCCACAGGAAGAAGACACGGGCAAACUGGCAUCUGCGUAACUUUUAAGUACAACCAGUAUGAAGCAAUAGAUUCUCAGCUCUUGAUCUAUAACCCAAACAUUUAUAGCUGUUCCAUCCCCGCCAUCUUUCACCAGGAGCUCGUUCACAUGCCCCAGCUGUGCUCCGGUUCUAGCUCGUCAGAGAUCCCCGGCAAGCACCUCACCGCACUUCAGUCAGCCCGGGGCCAAAAAUUCCUCCAUUUUGCAAAGUCGGAUUCUUUCCUUGAUGACAUCUUUGCAGCCUGGAUGGCUCAACAUUUGAAGACACACUUGCUAACAGAAACCUGGCAGCGAAAGAGACAAGAGCUUCCUUCAAAUUGCUCCCUUCCUUACCAUGUCUACAAUGUCAAAGCAAUUAAGAUAUCUGGACAGUCUUAUUUCAGUUCUUACCAGGAUCAUGCCAAGUGGUGUGUUUCCCAAAAGAGGACCAAAAAUCGCUGGACCUGUAUUGGAGACCUAAAUCGGAGCCCAUACCAAGCCUUCAGAAGUGGAGGGUUCAUUUGUACCCAGAAUCAGCUUAUUUACCAUGCAUUUCAAGGACUGGUUUUGUAUUAUGAGCCCUGUAACUCAACUUGGUGAAAGGACAUAAGUACUAUCAUUUUCACUGCUGACAAUGAGUCUUCUCCCAUAAGAUCCAUUAUAUAUCAAAAGCCUGUGAAUGUAGCUGUACUCCACAUAUCAUCAAAUAAAAUGCUUUUCUACCAUGUUUACCAUUUUAUCUUCCACUUAGUGGCAAUUUAUCUACUUUGUAUUUAUAUGUCAUAAACAUAAAUGAUUAUACAUUACUAAAGUGAGAAUGGAUGGAGUGGAAGAAAAAAUAUUCUCUGUGUUCAUAGAUCGACAGGCUAUCUCUCAGAUUAAUUGCACCUCCUUCACAAAGAUUUCCUGACUCUUCUCAUUCUUUGUUGAAGGAAAAAAAUUUCUCUGUGUAUGUCAUACUAUUUAGUCACAUUCUUCUUAAAGUUCUUUUCGCUGGUUUAUGGUUGAGUUUUAUUUGUUAUUCUCGCUGCUGCUCCUUACUCAUCUUAUGAUCUGAGGCCAGUUACUUGAACUCUCAGAGCUUUGCUUUUCUCAUCUGAGACAUGCAAAUAAUAAUCAUUUUCAAAAAAAAAUGUUUUAAAGUCAGAUUAGGAGGAAAAAGUGAAACAACCUACCAACUUGGGAGUAAAUAAAGAAGAGUAACAUAAAUAAAUCCUAAUCAAACCUAACAAUCUU